AUGGACAAAGCUUUUGAGAUACAAAAGCAGGCUCGCGAAAAUGUGAAGAGUUUGCAAACGUAUCUAACUGACUUACAGAACUGGGAAAUAGAAAUGAAACGUAAAGAGGCCGCGCUUAACGGUGAAUUUGAGCAGGAACUUCCACCAGUGAGGAGCAAGAGGAAAGAAAGACCUGUUCAAGUCAAGAAAAAGCAAGAGAAACGGAUAACUUCAUCUGAUUACAGUGCUUGGGAAAAAUUUGAUGUGGACAAAGCAUGUGAAGAAGUAGAUAUGGCAGACCUGGGCCCGGUGUCCCUCGACAGUAAGAAAAGUCAACUAGAGAAAACGGAGAAAUUGCGAGAGGAAGCUCAGUAUGAAAAAGAAAGGGGUAACACUUUUGUGAAGCAAGAAAAAUGGGAUGAGGCAAUAUCCUGCUACAACCGUGCAAUUGAGUUGGUGAAAGAUGACGCCAUAUACUAUGCUAAUAGAGGAUUGUGCUAUCUCAAGAAGGAUAGCCUACACCAAGCAGACACAGACUGUACAGAAGCACUACGUUUAGACCCAACUUAUGUGAAGGCUUUGCAAAGGAGAGCAACUGCAAAAGAACGUCUCGGUUCCCUUCGAGCGGCCUCAAACGAUCUGUUGGAAGUGUUGAAGCUAGAACCCCAUAAUGCCGCGGCAAGGCGACAGUUGGAAGCCAUUAAGACCAGAAUGGGGACUAAAGGAUCCAAAUCAAAAUCUUCUCCAUCGACAACGCCAACCACAGAGUCUAAAUCCAUCACAUCCAAACCAAAGUCCCAGCUAAAGAUAGUAGAAAUGUCAGAUGAGCCGAAGAAGGAGUUGAGUGCCGUUGAGAAAUGGAAAAAUGGUGUUAAUGAAAAUAUAACUGUAAUAAGGCCCGUGAAGAAACCUCCACAUUUGAGGUCUAAGAGAGCGUUGAAACAUGUAACAAUCCAGGAAAUUCCGUUAGGCAGAACAUUAUUAGAAAAACAACGGAUGAAAAUAAUAGAAAUAAACAAUUACAACGAUUCUAAUAAUAAUGCUAACAGUGAUUCAAAGAAUAACAAUGAAAUCCCAUACGAAACAGAUGUGGCAAAUAACUUAAAUAUGGUACCACCAAUGAACAGUGUACAGUUUACAUCCGAUUGGAAAUAUUUGAAAGGAAAUGAAGGUGCUAGAAGUGAUUAUAUAAGUAUAAUAAACCCCAUGAAACUACCAUCGAUCUUCGAGAAUGCAUUAGAGAGUGAUGUCCUAUCAGAAGUUAUAGCAACUUUGCACAAUAAUAAGGACAAAUUUCGCCAUAGAACUGUCUCGGCGUACCUCAAGGCUCUAUGCAAGGUCAAAAGGUUCUCGGCGCUCGCUAUGUUCCUUACAGCUGAUGAUAAGAAAUUACUAAACAACCUGUUGGCGCAUUGCAAAGCAGAGGAGAACCUAAGCGACAGUGAAUUGACGGAUUUAACUAAUAAAUAUGAACUC